AUGCGUGCAUUUCAGACAGUGGCAGCCGUACUUUUCAGUCCGAUCUUUGCCGUAGUUCUUGCUACAACGGAUACUAGCAGUAUGCCCGCUGAACUCAACUUUCGACCUGACAAUGUGACUUUAAGCAACCUUUACCGUUGGGUUGGAUCGUACUACAACGGAUCCACAUCUUUGAAGCUUUCUGCAUAUGCUGGAUUGGCAGCUUCUGAAACGGAAUAUUGUCCUGUUCUUCGCAAUAAAACAAUCACGACAAAGUACAAAACGUUGCUAGCGCUCACAGAGCCAGCCUCAUACAAUAACCUCAAAGAUGAUCCAGUAAAUGCCUUUUUGACUCUCUGGCCCCCUGGGUUCAACUUCAGCUCGAUUAAUGACUGGGAGUUGAUUCAAGAGAUGGUAUCGCUUGAAUACGCUCUAUUUUCGACUAAUACAUUAAGUGACUAUCCAGGUUUCAACUACUGGGAGGUCAACAGCACAACAGACUGUGGUGAAACGAAAGUUCUCAGCUGGAGAUUUGCUCAAAUCACAUUUGGAACCGCUUUCAACGGGACCAAGUUCACGAACCCAGUUCUGAAUCUUCAGUUUGAUUCUACGACUGUAAAUCUAUCCAUGCAGGGAUACUUUCAGGCGAGUAUUAAUUCAAUAUCAGGACCGGAUUUUCCACAGGAAGCAGAGGACACAUUUGUCUUUGUGGGCAAGUUUGUUAUGACCUUUGAAGGCGUUAUCGAUACCUAUCACUCUGAUAUCUUGCGGAAUGAUACCGCCACUCCAACCUGGCUCCGUACUGUUGGCUAUCAGAAUAAUUCCUUGAAUGUUGGUUAUACAACUACGUCGGGGAGUAAUCAGCUGGUAGGAUCGUGUUCAUUGGCUGCGAUCUUACUGCUUUUGCAGGCGCUCGGCCUCCGAUAA